AUGCGCUGGUCAACCAUCGGCGCCACGCUCUUUUUCUCUCUCUCCGCCUUGGCUAAUGACUGGCCGUAUCUCACCGCCGCCACCGCACCUUUCCGCCCGCCCCGUCUCGAAGUCGAAAAGACCGGCACCACCGACCCCGGCUAUCUCUUCAUCGGUCCUCGUGGGAAUGAGCAGUCUGGCACUGCAGCCCUAAUCUACGAUGAAGAUGGUAACCUCGUGUACCAGGGACCCGAAGAGGUCACCGCCAACUUCAAGGUCCAGCGUCUCUUUAACCAGGACGUUAUUACCUUCUGGGCCGGAGACAUGAUGAAACUGGGCUACGGUUACGGUACCGUGCACAUUCUCGAUAACACCUAUCGCGAAAUCUACACCGUCAGACUGCAGGACGACAUUGUUACUCCCGAUGACCAGCCCCGUGAAUCGUACAUUGACUUGCACGAAAGCCACAUUACGGAGCAGAACACCCUGCUUGUAACCGCGUACAACAUCACCCCGCACGAUCUGACCCCCAUUGGCGGGAACCCGGAUAUGUUCAUGUUGGACGCUAUGUUCUACGAAAUUGACAUCGCCACCAACGAGAUCGUACACUCAUGGAGUGCUGUGGAGCAUCUCGACAAGAUCCCGCUGGAGCAGUCCAAGCAGGGUCUUGGUGAGGAUUUCGGUGUCAAGGAAAAUCCCUGGGAUGCCUACCACAUCAACGCCGUCGAACGCAUGGACGAAGGAUACAUGAUCUCCGUCCGUCACUUCUGGUCCGGUUACUAUGUGCACAACAACGGAAGCGUUAUGUGGCAGCUGAGCGGGGCUUUGGGUGAGGGUGAUUUCGAGCAGGACGAAUCUGCCGGCUUUUCGUGGCAGCACGAUAUCCGCAUCUACAACCACACCGAACAGGGACUUGUCAUGGACCUGUUCAACAACGCCAAUACCCCAACGGAACAGCAGGGUGCCACCACCGGUGUGAGUUUGGCUGUUGACCUGGAGAACCGUACCGUCAAGGCACUCCGUAUUCUUAGCGACUCUGAUGACGUCAUCCACAGUGUCAGUCAGGGUAGCUACCAGCUCCUGAGCCAGGAGUCGCAGCACGUGUUUAUGGGCUACGGCUCCAUCUCCAAGGUCAAGGAGUUUGAUGCCGACAACAACGCUGUCUUCACAGCUCAAUUCGGCGUAGACAACCAGGUUGCGUCGUACCGUGGCUUCAAGUGCCCCUGGAAGGCUACUCCGUUCUGGAAGCCCGCGGUGGUGGUGCAGAGGCCGUCGUCCGACACGGCAGAUGUGUUUAUGAGCUGGAACGGAGCGACGGAGUAUGACAACUGGGCCGUGAUGUCGUUGCCGACUCCGGAUUCCACCGACAGCGAGGUGCUUGCGACGCAGCAACGCACUGGAUUUGAAACGGUCGUGCAUUUGACGGGUGUCAAGAGUGGUGGAUACCUACAGGUUGUGGCACGUCGGGGAGAUGUGCCUCUAGGGACGUCUGAGGUUGUGGGUCUUUAA